AAAAAUUGAAAAAAAGCUAUAAAUAUAGAAAUAUUUUCUUUUAAUCAAGUUUAAUGUCAUUAAACGAUUUGUCUGUAGCUCAGACAAAGCCAUUAGAUUGGGCAGAUGAUGAAUAUUCUGAGUCAUCUGUAUUACCUAAUGUCUUUGAGGGCUCUGAAGACAUUAGAACAGUUGUUGAAUAUUAUGUUGAAAAUGGGAAAAAGUUUAAAAUUACUAGAAAAAUUAAGAAAAUUGUUGUUAAGGAAAAAGAUAAUCCAGCAAUUGAAGAACGUAAGAAGUGGAAGAAAUUUGGAGUGGAAAAAGAUCGUGGUCCAGGACCGGAUCCUAGUACUACUAGUAUUGGAGAAAAUAUAGUUCUUAAGUUUCAAUUAGGAUGGUCAAAGAAUGUUUAUAAAGGCCUUGAAGAAGAUCAAUCUGUUAGUAAAACAACAAAAGAUGUAUUCAAGGACAAAAAAGUAGCAUGUCGUCUUUGCAAAGGAGAUCAUUUCACAGCACGUUGUCCUUAUAAAGACACUCUUCAGCCUUUUGAUGAGGUGAAUAAUACAAUGAAUCUAAAUAUUUCGAAUAAAUCAAUGGUAUCUUCCGAAUCUAGUGCAGAAGCAACUGGACGAUAUAUUGUCCCUCAUUUAAGAGCAGGAAGAUCUGCAGGCGGAGAUUCUAUGUUUCGACGGGAUAAAGAUGAGUAUUUUACAGUAAGAGUUACAAAUGUAUCUGAAGAUGCACGUGAAGAAGAUAUUCGUGAACUGUUUGAAAGAUUUGGGAGAAUUUCUCGACUUUAUUUGGCUAAAGAUAAAGAAACAGGAAGAGGGAAGGGUUUUGCAUUUAUUAGUUAUUAUGAUAGAAUGGAUGCUGCAAGAGCUAUCGAAAAAAUGGAUAAAUAUGGAUAUGAUAAUUUAAUUAUGAGGUGUGAAUUUUCAAAACCUAGGGACUGA